CCUUUUUUUCUCUCUCUAGGGUUCUUGAUUCUCUCUCAGUUUCUAGAGAGAGAAAUUCUUCAACGGAAUCCAACUGCAUAUCAGAUUCGAAUCGUCCUCAUCUCCGUCGAACCGGAACCUGAUUCGUCGAUCUGAUCCGGUUCUUCUUGGAGCUGGAAUUAGCUUUCCACUGAGUUGAAGAUCUGCCAUUAUUGACCAUACUGUUUGAUUUUAGAUGGUAUGCAACAGUUGCAUACGAAGUGUGAUUGUUCAAACCGGGCAGAUAGGAAUUUUCACCCCCAAACGGGUGCAUUUAAGGAACACUCAAAGGUUUCUGCACGUUGGCACUGGAUUAACUUCUAAGUGGAACUGUGAAUUUCCAACUAGCUUAAGGAUGAUGGUUGAUUCAGGUGCAGCAGCAAAACAGGGGCCUGCUGUUGACGUAUUGCCACAGAAAGAUGAUAAUGCUGGAUAUGUUAGUGGAGGGUGGAAAAGCGAAGAUGGCAAAUUAAGCUGUGGCUAUUCAAGUUUCAGGGGAAAAAGAGUGACAAUGGAGGAUUUCUUUGAUAUUAAAAUGUCCAAGAUUAAUGGGCAAACAGUCUGCAUGUUUGGAAUCUUUGAUGGGCAUGGUGGUUCUCGUGCUGCAGAGUAUUUGAAGGAACACCUUUUUGAGAAUCUUAUGAAGCAUCCACAAUUUAUGACAGACACCAAAACGGCCAUAAGUGAAACAUAUCAACAGACUGACAAGGAAUUCUUGGAUUCUGAAAGAGAUACCUAUCGAGAUGAUGGUUCUACUGCUUCAACUGCAGUAUUGGUAGGUAGCCACCUAUAUGUUGCAAAUGUUGGAGAUUCACGGACAAUAAUAUCCAAGGCCGGAAAAGCAAUCCCUUUGUCUGAGGAUCACAAACCGAACAGAAGUGAUGAACGGGAGAGAAUUGAAAGUGCUGGAGGUGUUGUAAUGUGGGCGGGUACUUGGAGAGUAGGAGGUGUGUUAGCCAUGUCUCGUGCUUUUGGUAAUCGCAUGUUAAAGCGAUUUGUUGUUGCAGAACCAGAGAUUCAGGAUCAAGAGAUAUGUGAAGAUUUGGAGUUGCUUGUGCUUGCAAGUGAUGGACUGUGGGAUGUAGUUCCCAAUGAGGAUGCCGUAUCUCUAGCCCAAACCGAAGAAGAACCUGAGGCAGCUGCUCGGAAGUUGACACAGACUGCUUUUACUCGUGGAAGUGCUGACAACAUAACAUGCAUUGUGGUGAGAUUCCACCACAAGGAGGCAGAUGAAGCCAGUCCCCAACCUGAGUAGAAAUCGGUCUUUUAUUGCAUGUGUCGAUUUUGUUUAACAUGUUAGGUGAUCUAAUUUUGAAAUCUACACAUGCUCAUAAUGUCAGAAACAUGCAUAUCAAGGGACAAUUUGUUUAUUCAUUGUUUUAUUUUCCUGAUUUGAUCUUGCAUUGAAUUACAUGGAAUAUAUGUACCCUUCUCUCCCUAGAACUUGUUCAUAAAUCUAUUUUCUGGCCAUCUAUCAUGUUGUUAUACUAAAAUCUAAUAAAGGCUUAAAUCUGUU